AUGAAUUCUAGUCCUUUAAAAAAAUAAUUCAGCCUUAAUCUUAAUACAUCAAAAAGGACUCAAACUUCAUUUUAGAACUCUAUAUUUCUAAAUCUCCUUUUAAAUGUAAUAUUGAUUAAUAAUCAAAUGUAAUCAAUAUGGGUUGGAAUUAUAUAGAGCAAAUUAGAAAGAAAUUGCUAAAGCAAGCUAUAAUUAGAUGAUUUAUAUAAUUAAUAGAUGAGAAAAUCAGUAAUUUUGCAUAAUUGUGAAAUGGAAAAUCUUUUAUUAAAGAAAAAAAUUUAAGUAAUGAAUUAAUGGAAGGAGUUAUCAAGACUUUAAUAAAUAUAAUUAAAAGUAAUUAUUUACUAAAGGUAGAUAGAAAAACAAAAUUUUAGAGCAUCAUAAUAAAAUAUUUUAAAGGCUUAAAUAAAAAAUAAUAAGACUUUAAUGAAUCAAUAAAUAACAAAGAUUCAAAUAAAAAUGUAAUAUAAAUAUAUAAAUAAGAUUGUUAUUGGGAAACAAAGUAAGAAAAGAAAUCUAUUAAUGAAAAAUUUGUUGAAUUUUAAAUAUAAAGUGUUUAACAAAAACAACAAAUUAAAGGAUUAUAGAAAUAAAAUAAAGAUUUGUAAAAUUAAAUAUAAGAAUAUACAGAAAAUAAUAAAAACUUAUAAGAAUAAAUCAAAUAGUAUGGGAGAAAAAACAAAAAUGGAAAAUUCGGUGUAAAAAUUUAAAGAAUGAUAAAAAAUUAGGAAGAAAUUAAAAGUAGAAAAUCUAGUGAUUCUUAAGAACUAUAAGUAGUAUAAAAGCUGGAUCUAGUUGAAGAAUUAAACGAAAUAAAAGUUAAAUUAUAAUAAUUAGAAUUUGAAAAUCAAUAUUUAAGUGAGUAAAAAAUUGAGAUGCAAACUUAGCUUCAAUUUAACACAGAUUUGUUACUGAAAUAGUGA